GGUGCCUGUUUCAUGUUGGCGAUAACUCAGAGGAGCGUCGAGGGUGCUGUGAAUGAAAGUAGAAAGAUCUGCGGACGUCGUCGUGGCAGCCGAGGCAUAGAUUUCACUGGCGGGACGAUUCGGCGAAGCAAACGGCAAAGAGGUGUGAGCGUCGGUGCGCCCUUGUCGAGCAGAGGACGUGCUGUGUUGAAUGCGCUGUUGUGCUUCUUGACAGACACCUGUGAGGUGCUGAUCUGUCGUGUGUCUGAGCGGAGCUCUUGUGGCUCAUUGAGUUUUGCUCAAAGGUGAGUCACACGCCAUGCUGUCAUGCUGCUCAGUCAUCGGCUGUCCGUCGUCGUUGUGUGUGUCACAGGCCUGUGCCCAGCAGACAGGUCUUCGUCUGCUGAUUGUGUUGGCGGUGACUCGAAGCGCCAACGUGUCGACGGCCGUGCCGCUGGGGAUGCUGGUGAGAUCACACACACACGGUUGGCUGACAGACAGACUGACAGACAGACAGACAGACAGACAGACGUGCAACGGACCAUCGUGUAUGUGUGUUUGCACAGGCGUCGGUGCGAUGAAUGGCACAGCCGCUCACCACCACCAGCGGCAGGAGGGACACAGCCAAGCAGCAUCGGUUAGUGAGGCAGUGCGGCACCACACAUCACCGUGGGAAUGGCUGAGUCUCACUGAGAGUGCCUCUGUUCACUGUGUGUGCAGGCGUCCCCCCCUGUGUGUGUCGGGUCGGGUGAUGUCUGUGGUCGGCUGGCGGCCAUUCACUCACUCAUUCAGCAGGUGGGUGACGCACAGACAUCGACCCACUGGUGGAUGCAGCCGUGGUAUGUCUGCUCUGUGUGUGUAUCAGGUGGCCACUGAGGUGUCGGCCGCCGACCCGCUGAUAAUGCCGUCCAUCGCCGCUGACCAGGUGAGUCACACAGACACAGUGAGGGGGGCGGCUCAACACAUUCCGCCUUAUCUGUCGUCUGUGUGAUGGCUUCAGGCGUCCGUCAUUGCCCAUGAGUGGUCAUCUGUCAAGUCGAGCGUGUCGACCCUCUCGGCCGCCGUGGCCACCAUCGUCCACCACAUCUCUGCCGCCCCGCCCCCUCCCCCCGGCCAACCAGACACUGCCGUGGACGUGACGGCCAACCGGCUGCCGUCCGAUGUGUUCUGUGACGGUGUGGUGGGCUACCUCCCUGUCGACGUGGCCAUUAGCCCGGCGCGUGCAACCAACACCCACUACGGCACACAACUCAUCAACGAGGCCUUCAUGCUCAAGCGCGUCGACUGCUCGCUCGACAGCAACCACCUCAGCGGCCUCAUCGACGUCUAUCGGCCGUCAUUCCAGUACUUCAGCAAAUGCGCCUAUGUGCUCGAGCAGGGAGGUCAUGUGUGGCGGGAGAUGGCCGAAUUCAUUCGUGUGGCGGCCAUCUACAAGCUCAUCAAGGCACUGCCCCUGUCUCUGAUGCUGUCGCCUCAGUGGAUGGCCGACCAUCUGGCCAGCAAGAGCGAAUUCCAUCAGAUGCCGGCCGCAUUAGCCAUCUACAGCACAUUCGCCACAUGCUCAGCCACAGGGGGACCACCCUAGAGCUGCGGCGGGUGGAGGGAGAUGACGGCGACAGCGAUCAGGAGAGUGACGAGGAUGAGAGCAACGGUGACAGAGACAGCGACAGUGACGAUGAGAUGAAUGAGGAUGGCGCUGGGGGCGGCGACGCGAGUGCCGGAGAGGGCACAGCGGGCAGCGGCCAGGGGAGGCAGCAGGGCGGUGGCGGUGGUGGUGUGACGAGGCAGCGCUACAGGAUCGGCGAUGUCGAAUUCACGACGGUCCCCCUCAUCGAUCUGCCCCCCGCCCACCCCUACCGAGCCACGUACAAUGCCGUCGACCCGCCCGUCCGCUGGAGGGGCUGGCUCUUUCGAUCAUUCACGGCAUUCAUCAAGCGGAUGGCCCUGUGGUUCUGGCAUGACCAAGUGGGAGGGGUGGAGCAGAAGCGUGUGACUAGUGCUCGUGUCGGCCCUGACGACACUCGCUAUCUGUCCCUGCUGACGGAGCCCAUCGAGGGCCACAAGACCAUCGACUUCAUGCUUUGGCAGCCAGGCCAGCGACAUGACGGCCGCGAGCGAUUCAUCAUCCUCAAGGGCACAGCAGCGACAGACACCAUCGUGGCUUACCUGUGGCUGGACAGUGGCAACAUCCACCUCUACACGACCGAGGCCCCGAUUGAGGGCAACACGCGCAUCGAGCGCUUCCCAGUUGCUGUGGCGGCCGCCCGACCUCUGCUGGCAACACAUGGGCUCGAGAGAACAGUGCUCCGAUAGAUGCCUUACAUAGCAACACACUGGUGAGGUACACGGGAGGUUGGGAGUGAGGGGGCUGUAGGCGUGUGUAGAAAGGGUGGGUGGCGGCUGGUAGAGGAAUACAUAUCUUCUGGUGACCUGGCUGGCCGCACACUGUGACUGACUGACUCGUUUGUCGGUGGCCAUGUGUCUGUCUGUUUGGCACCUUUGUCUGCAUUGCAUGCCG